AUGAAGCAGCAUUACCCCCCUUCUACCUGCUCUAAGCUUGAGUACGUGACUAAUCAUAUAGUGCUCCCGCCUCGCCUGCCAGGAAAGGAGGAAGUCUGCGAGGAUGAUGUCCGAUGCGAGCUUCUAGAAUUUCUUCAGACCGCGUCUAUUACCCUCAAAGCAGAUUCCGAUACAGAGAUCAGUACCGUUGGACGUUCUAUUCUCAAUGUUCUCGAGAUUUGCAAAGCCACCAAUCUGCGUGGAAAAUUGGACAAAUCCACGCUCCUGCAUCAGUUCCAAACAAUCCAGCCAAAUAUUCCUAUAAUUCUUCACGUGAAAGAGCAAAAUGCUGGGCUACUUAUAUGGAAGAAUGAACGGGAUGGCGAGGAGACAGUCACCUUUGAAGCUUUUGAGGCGUCACCCGUGUCUGAAAAAGUACUCUCUGCGGAAGGCCCACUCCAAUGGGAUUUCCCAGGCGAAACUGUUGUUAUUCCCAAUACCAUGUUCACCCAACCCUCAUUCCAGGAGUCGUUGUCCAAUUUCCUAGAAAGUGCGAGCACAGAAUCAAUAAAGAGAUUCGCUGCCGGUGUUUUGAAAGGUGGCUCAGUCGCAUUCGAGAACCGUGAUACUACAGAUCCUGCUUUAAUCACGCAGAUGCUAAUGACUUUGCUGGAAGCAAAUGGAUCUCGAGCAUUCCCUCCACUACUAAGGAAACGUGUCCGUGAUGAAGUUUCGUGGGCUCCCGGAGGUGGCAAACCAUGGAGGAGACUACCAUUUUGGCUGGUUCUCAGAGUGGGAAUUGAACGACAUCUCUAUAUGCAAUUUGGUGCCACGAAAGGACGAGCAUACUAUAAGUUCCUUCUUUGCCUCAUGUUCUCGGCCAUUCUAGGUUCUGGAACCGACUCACUCUCGCCAGACCGAAUUUCACUGCUUACCGCCAAGCUAGCAAGACGUUUAGCAAAACUGGAGGUCGAUCGUGAGAAAGCGCUCCAUAACGACAGAGUGACAUAUAAUCGAUUGUUUGACAGAUUUGAGCUUUUCUUCCAGACCUCUAUCAGUAACGCUAGAAACCAUGUCGCUGAUAUCUGGAAUACAUUCAAAAGAAGCAUUCAACGCAAGAUUCCACGGCUUCCACUCCAUGCAGAUGAAAAUUCGCAAUAUCUUUCUCUAACAAAUAGCCAGAAAGAGAUUGAAAAUGUGUUGUCGCAAUACAGAAUAGAUCGCUCAUGGACUUCAAAUAACCCAUCGGUAAAAGACUUCACUCCUAAACGUUCGAACGCUUUCAAAAAGUUUGCCAACAAUUAUAAUUCCCUUUCAGAACGAGAGAGAGUAUCUGAUGAAGCCUUAAAAUUUCCGGACAACUCCGCAGAAGAAACCUGCAUUGAGCUGGCAGUCAUGAUCUGGAACUAUUAUAACGAGGCUAAACCGGCAUAUAACGGCAAUCCUGAGCAGAAGAGCAUCAUGAUAUUACAUAUGAUGGUACUAUGGGUGGAACUUGAUAAAUUUGCCACCAAACUUUACCCUUUGCUGCUCGAUUAUCACCCUGGGAUUUCAUCGGGCCUUCUUGAUGUGCUGCAGUUAUCAAGCCUUAAAGAUUCAAUUCGUCUGAAUGCUGUGCAGGAGUACAUAGAGACCCGAUGUACGCGGAGCCUGUCUCGAAGGACAAUUUUUGAUGAUCCAACCGCAGGAUGUUUUGCCGAAAGAUAUUUUGAUUUAUCAGAAGAUUCCUUGAGGCUUCAAAACCUCCGCUCAAAGAUUGAAUCCCAAGCGCAAAAUAAUUAUGACAGAAAAGUACAGGAGUGGCAACAAAAAAGUGAGAUAUUCGAGGCUCUGCAGAAGAAAAUUGCACUAUCAUCCUGCACAUAUAUUAACAAUCGGCAUGGAGGGGUAGACCAUGACAAAAAUUGUGAAAAGUGCGACAACCAACAUCGUGCCAACCGCAUGACUAUCCAAAUCCAUGAACACCCGCUUCCAGAAAAUCCAGUCCAUGCUAAGGCGGUGCUGUUUGAGCUACAGUGUCCAGAGCCAUUCAAGUCCUAUCGUAACGCAACCUGGCUGCUAUUUGGUAUCGUGGCAUGCCCUCACGAACAACCCCCAGCGUAUCCAAGGUUAUUGGUAUCAGAGUAUCGGGAGCUUAGUAAAUUUGUUACUGGAAGCUCAGUGGGAAUUGUGCUAGCAUCGACCACAAAAUCUUUGCUAUCUACCCAUUACAGAGGAGUUUACUUCCCAGUAAGGCUGGAAGACAUAUGCUUCGACAAUAAUCUAAGGGUUAGAUACUAUGACACCACCAAUAACAUCUUUCCUAACAGGCAAAGCCAUGUUUCAAGCUUUUCCCACCAUCUUCAGAUGCCCAACCUGACGAACUCACCAUUCUCAUCCAUAACACCUCCAGGCAGUUUGUCUGGCUCCUCGUCCUAUGAGAUUUUAGCCAGUCAGUCUUCCUGUCCGCCGGGACUGAAUGCCCACGAAUUCAUGGCGUACAAGUCUCUGUUCUCUGGCGUGGUCAGACGUUGGCCUACAAUCCUUAUUGAACUUGGUUCCUCAAACUUGAACUUCAGCACUAAAGGCCCUUGUACGUUGAUUUGUCAACUUGCAAUACAGGCAGGGCCGAGAGAUACGAAUGAUAUCUUUCGAGUGGUACACAAGAUCUUCCGUGAUGAGACUUUCUGUAACCGACUAAUCAAAUUACUCGAAGAAAGACUAAUUGGGAUUGCAUUAAACUGGCGCGAGACCGAUUGCAUGGAGAUGUUGAUCACGUUGAUACUUCGGCUAUGUGCCUUAUCUCCACUGAGAAUCCUUGACAAGGCAAUCACCUUACUGAAAAAGAUUCAAGAAACCCUUUGA